UACUUUAGGAGUUAUUUAGUUAACUUCUAUAAUUUAUAGCGAAGAUAAUAUUAACUAUUGAAAUAUUUUUGAUCAGAAAUGAAUUUUUAUUUUAUAAAUUAUUAAAUCAUCACAUAAGUAAUGCUAAUCUUUGAUAAAGAAUUACUGUAAUGGAAAUAGAAUAUUGUUACUGUCCUUUAAACCAAUGUUUGUUGGACCACAAUUAGAAUCUACAUUGUAAGUUAUCUUUUAAAUUUGAAUUAGAUUAUGAAGUUAUACUAAUUCAUCUAAUGGGUAAAGUGGUGUCUAACAUAAAUAGCAGCAUUGAAACUCUAAAGUUAUUUUGGUCAUCAAUAUUAGAAAAUGGCAGUAUCACAUUUGAACGCUGGGCAGAACACACAAAUCAAGUAGCUUUAGAAAUUUGGAAUUCUAGGACCUUUCAAAAUGCACAGUUAGGUGCUAAUUUAGCUUGGGAUCAAAUUUCUGAAACAUGGAUGCAAGCUAAAAGUACAAUUCAACAAUAUGACUUGAACUUUAUAAUUGAUUCUGUACAAUCAAAAAUUAUAUACUUAACUGGUUAUAACUUUAAUCGUACUCAUGUUUAUGUUGGGUUUGCUGGAUUGUUUGUUGGAAGUGGUGUUGGAUUUUUGAUUGGUAUUAAUGUAAAACCAUCUGCCAUAACUGUAACUCAUAUGAAAGCUGCUUCAGCUACUAGCUAUAAUGGCCUUGAAGGUAUAGCUCUCUUAGAAGAUGUUGUCACACCAGAAAUAACUAAAUCUGACCAAGUAAUGAUUAUGGUUAGAGCUGCAUCUAUUGACCCAGUAGAUUUAUUAGUAGCAACUGGUUAUGGAUCAUUUCUAAGAAAAAUUUUAAUCAAACAGGCCUAUCAGAAAUCAUUUCAAAGAGAAUUUCCCCUAGUAUUAGGUCGUGAUUGUUCUGGUGUUGUCAUUGAUAUAGGUUCAGAAGUUAGACGUGACCUUAAUAUUAAUGAUGAAGUAUGGGUAUGUCUUCCUCCGUGGGCUCCUUGCGGUUCUAUUUGUGAAACAAUUGUUGUAUCUGAUAAAUAUGUUACCCAUAAACCACGAAAUUUGUCUCAUGAACAAGCAGCUACUCUUCCUUAUUCAGGAUCUUUGGCAUGGCUAGCUAUAUUUCAAAAAGCUAAUUUAAAUCCUUUUAAUGCUGUAGAUAAAAAUAUUCUAGUUUAUUGUGGUGAUAGUGGGACAGGAUCUAUUGUAGUUCAAUUAUGUUGUUAUUUAAAAGCAAAUGUUACUGUAGCUUGUACAAAUCGUGUAUCAUACUUAAUGAAGUAUCUUGGUGCUUUAAAUACUUAUGAAGCCGAAACUGUCAGCAUAGAUCAAUUAUUAAGCACUGCACCUUUUGGUUAUGAUUAUGUGUUUAAUACAGCAGGUGAUGUAAAAAGUAAUCUAUGUAAACAACUAUGUAAUACGAAUGGUACUGUUAUUCUAGUGGGACCUCAUAGAUUACCAUCAGAUUCUUAUGGAGCCAUUCGUAGCUUCUUUUAUUUACUAUGGUUAAAAAUAUCAAAUGUAUUUAAAAGUGAUAAAAGUCAAGACUUUAAUAGCUUUCAUUUUAAGAUAUUGAAUGAAUUAACUAGCAUGGCCAAUGAUUUUGUUCUUCGUCCAGUUUUGGAUAAAGCAUUCAUGGAACAUGAGGUAGAUCGUGCAUUUAGGUAUAUGGAUAGUGGACAAACAGUUGGAAAAGUAGUGAUCAAAUUCAGCAAUUUAAAUUGUCCGACAAAUACUUUGCCUAGACCAUCAGGAAUUUUGUUCUAGUAAAUUUUAAUUUUGUAUUCAAUGUUUUAAAUUCAUUAAAUAUACUAAUGAAAAUUUUUGUGAAGUUAUGGAAAAAUUUUUAAAUAUACCUUUGAAAUUAUUGUGUUUA